AUGGAUCCCUUCCACGGCAUUGUGAAGGAGGAGGAGUUCGACUUCGAUUUCGACUUCACCGGCGCUCCGGCGGCGGAGGCAUCGUCGUCCUCCUGGGCCGUUGGCGUGCCGGAGCUGCCCCGGCCGAUGGAAGGGCUCGGCGAGGUGGGGCCUACUCCGUUCCUGACUAAGACCUACGACGUCGUGGACGACCCCAACACCGACACCGUCGUCUCCUGGGGGUUCGCCGGCCACAGCUUCGUCGUCUGGGAUGCCAACGCCUUCGCCAACGUGAUCCUCCCGCGCUACUUCAAGCACAGUAACUUCUCCAGCUUCGUCCGCCAGCUCAACACAUACGGGUUCAGGAAGGUUGACCCGGACAGGUGGGAGUUCGCGAACGAGGGCUUCCUCCGGGGCAAGAGGGAGCUCCUCAAAACGAUCAAGCGCCGGCGGCCGCCGUCGAGCCCGUCGGCGCAGCAGGGGCAAGCGCAGCCGCCAGCAGCGUGCCUGGAGGUGGGGCAGUUCGGGCUCGAGGGCGAGGUGCAACGGCUGCAGCGCGACAAGGGGAUCCUGCUGGCGGAGGUGGUGAAGCUGCGGCAGGAGCAGCAGGCGACGCGCGCGCAGAUGCAGGCCAUGGAGGAUCGCAUCACCACGGCGGAGCAGAAGCAGCAGCAGAUGACGGUGUUCCUGGCGCGCGCCAUGAAGAACCCGAGCUUCCUCCGGAUGCUGGUCGACCGCCAGGGGCUGGCCGGCCGCCGGAGGGAGCUCGAGGACGCGCUCUCCAAGAAACGCCGCCGGCCCAUCGAGUACCUCCCUCGGGACGGCGAGAGCAGCAGCAGUGCCGCCGCGGGGGCGGCGGUGGGUGACUACAUUUCCGGCCUCCCGGUCGGCGUGAACGGCGUGGCUAGGCCGGACGACGACGAGGGCCGGCGGGACGACAGCGGCGGCGGCGGGGAGGACACGGAGAGCUUCUGGGUUGAGCUGCUGAAGCUCGGCCUGGAGGAGAAGCACCGUGAGGGCGGCGGCGAGGACGACGGCGGCGCUGGCGUGGACAACGACGUGGACGUGCUCGUGCAGAGCAUCUACCACCUGAACCCGAACCCGGGCAGCCCCAGCGGCAAGUGA